UCCCCCUCCAGUUGUUUCACGCGUAGGGGGGGCGGGGCUCUUUCUCUGUCACUAGUACUGAAGAUCUUGUGUAGUGCACCGGCUAUCCUAUUCGAGUGACGAAGUGAAAAUAACAAACUGCUGUCCAUCACAACUUUCCUACCUCACCCAACAUCAGGCCACUUACACGAAACCAAGUGUAUGGAGAGGAGGCGGAAGAAUUGACAAAUGGACGAGAAUUCAGAACGGAAUGAAGAGGAACAGAAUAGGGACAGAGGCUAUAAAAAUGAAGUUACACCUGGCGAGGACCGAGAGGAUGAUGAAAAGAUGAUAGUUAGAGAUACAGAAAUAAAUGGACAAGAAAACACUCAGAAUUCGCGAGGAAGGAGGCAAAGACUAAAGAGGCAGCAACAAAGAAAAGACAAGACUAGGGUCAAAUCAAGUGGGAGAAAAGCCAAAGAAAAACUCAAAUCCAAAUUGAAAAGAAAGCUAAAGAAUGCCAAAGGGAAAGAGCAACCUGAAAGUGCUGGACCAUCCGGGACAGAACCAGGGCAGCAAGAAAGCGGACCGCAAAUACCGGAGCCAGCACAAUUAAAAGUCAGUUUAGAAAGGAAUGAAGAGGAAGAACAGAAUAGAGACGGAGGAGAUGAAAAUAAAGUUGCACCUGGUGAUGACAGAAAGGGUGAUAAAGAGAUGAUAAUUGGUGAUGCAGACAGAAUUAGACAAGAAAAAACGCAGAAUUCGCGAGGAAGAAGGCAAAGACUGAAAAGGCAGCAACAGAGAAAGGACAAGACUAGGGUAAAAUCGAUUGGGAAAAUAGCCAGAGAAAAAAUCAAAUCCAAAUUGAAAAGAAAGCUGAAAAAGGCCAAAGGCAAAGACCAACCUGCAAAUGCUGGAUCAGGGACAGAGCCAGGGUCUGGGCAGCAAGGAAGCGGACCUCAAACACGAGAGCCAGCACCAAACCUGUCAAAAGUAAGUCGAUCAUCAAUAAAUUUUGAAAAUGACAAAGCCGACUCAACAUAG